UUCUUCUUCACUCUCUUUCUCACUCCCUCACUCACUCCAUUUCUUUUUUGUUUUUGCUUUUUGUGUUGCCACGCCACACCAUUUCCUCCCUUGCUUUCGCUGCCGAAAAGCAAAAACCCCACCGGAAACCGUUGCCGGUUUUUCACUUUCACUUUCAGUUAAUUCACUUAUUCACUACUUAAAUACGACGAGGUAGAUCUAACCGUUUCACCACUCCUCGUUUCAGAUCGGUUCGAGAAUGCGUGGCACUGUUUUCAGAGCUUGCUGAAUCUUCUUCUUCAAGUUUGCAUUUUGGUCUUAAAAUGGAGGGCCCAUUAGUGCAACCAGGCGAAGAUCCUUUGAAAAAGCUGCAAAGUGAAGAAAAACAGUCCUCUGUAAGUUCAGUUGAGAGUGUGAAAAAGGUUCCAAAACUUGGGAAGCCUAGUGGUGCAGUAACAUCAAGAGUCGCAGCACCAACUAGUUCUAGUAGUAGAAAGAAAACAGACCUUAAAAGUGGAUCUGAAUCAAGUUCUAGGCUGACCAAACCUACUGUAAGUGCUUCUUUGAAAACUUCGAAUGCAGUUCCGGUGGUUAGACGAAACAGUACUGGUGGAGUGCCUGAGAAGUCAUUGAACUCUACAGCAAAGCAAACAAGUGUUGGUUCGACUGUCGGGAAAAAGACCACUUCUUCACCUUCGGAAUCUGUUAGGAGGUCUCUCCCUGAACUUAGAAGAAGUUCAUUGCCUUCAGAUGUUACAAAACCCACAAGUAGUCGAGUCAGUAGUUCUGAGGCAAGGAAGUCAGUUCCAGUUUCACCAGUGGGUCGAAGUUUGAGCAAAUCAACAGAGUCUGAGGCUAAGCAAGGGACUGUCAAGAAGGCUUCGAUUAAGCCGGCAUUGUCAGUUUCCUCUUCCUCACGAAGGGUUUCUUCAGCUUCAGUGGACAGUAGCAGCAGCAGUGUGAGUAGGAAGAAAAUUUCAAAGGUUUCUUCUCCGCUGACCAAACCUACUGUAAGUGCUUCUUUGAAAACUUCGAAUGCAGUUCCGGUGGUUAGACGAAACAGUACUGGUGGAGUGCCUGAGAAGUCAUUGAACUCUACAGCAAAGCAAACAAGUGUUGGUUCGACUGUCGGGAAAAAGACCACUUCUUCACCUUCGGAAUCUGUUAGGAGGUCUCUCCCUGAACUUAGAAGAAGUUCAUUGCCUUCAGAUGUUACAAAACCCACAAGUAGUCGAGUCAGUAGUUCUGAGGCAAGGAAGUCAGUUCCAGUUUCACCAGUGGGUCGAAGUUUGAGCAAAUCAACAGAGUCUGAGGCUAAGCAAGGGACUGUCAAGAAGGCUUCGAUUAAGCCGGCAUUGUCAGUUUCCUCUUCCUCACGAAGGGUUUCUUCAGCUUCAGUGGACAGUAGCAGCAGCAGUGUGAGUAGGAAGAAAAUUUCAAAGGUUUCUUCUCCGUCAGCUCGUUCACCUUCAAUUUCUAGUGGAUUGAGAACUGGGUCCUUGUCAUCAUCUUUGGAUAGGAGUUCCAAUUUAUCCGGACGGAGAAGAGCUGGGACACCAGAAAGCAAGGAUUCUCGAUUCAUUGUUCUUCCACAGGUGGAGAUCAAAGCUGGAGAUGAUGUGAGAUUGGAUCUUAGAGGUCAUAGAGUUCGCAGUCUUACUGCUAGUGGGCUGAACUUGCAACCAAAUCUAGAGUUUGUUUAUCUCAGAGACAAUCUCUUAUCAACAUUGGAAGGCAUUGAGAUACUGAAGCGGGUUAAGGUUCUUGAUUUGAGUUUCAAUGACUUUAAAGGGCCAGAAUUUGAACCUCUUGAGAAUUGCAAAGCCCUACAGCAACUUUAUCUUGCUGGGAAUCAAAUCACAUCACUUGGAAGCCUUCCGCAGCUCCCUAACUUGGAGUUUCUCUCUGUUGCUCAGAAUAAGUUAAAGUCUCUUUCCAUGGCAAGUCAGCCUCGGCUGCAGGUGUUAGCUGCGAGCAAAAACAAAAUAUCAACUCUAAAGGGUUUUCCGCACCUACCAGUCCUUGAGCAUUUGCGAGUGGAGGAGAAUCCUAUACUUAAGAUGUCUCAUUUAGAAGCAGCUUCCAUUUUGCUUGUUGGUCCUACUUUGAAGAAAUUCAAUGAUAGAGAUCUUUCACGAGAUGAGCUAUCAAUCGCAAAGCGUUAUCCUGCACAUACGCCUUUGUGCAUUCGAGAUGGUUGGGAGUUUUGCCGCCCAGAGCAUGCACCAGACUCAACUUUUUGCUUUCUAUUUGAGCAAUGGAAGGAUCAUUUGCCUCCUUGGUUUCUGGUCAAGGAAGCCUUUAUUGAAAAACCUUCGGAAGAAGAUGCUUGUCGCUGCCACUUUGUCUUUGUUCAAGACAGCACCCUGAGCAUUGAUCCGCAAUUAGUCUUGAAAUAUCAAUGGUUUUUGGGAGAGAGACCACUUUCAGAUUUUGUUCCUAUUCCUGAUGCCACUGGUGAGGUUUAUUGGCCAAAGCAUGAAGACAUUGGUAAAUUUUUGAAAGUAGAGUGUACCCCCAUCUUGGGAGAAACUGAGUAUCCUCCUAUAUUUGCCUUAUCUUCUCCAGUUUCACGAGGAAGUGGAAUCCCAAAGGUUGUGAACCUUGAAGUACGUGGGGAACUAGUAGAAGGGAAUACUAUAAAAGGCUUAGCUGAGGUUGCAUGGUGUGGUGGGACUCCGGGAAAAGGUGUUGCUAGUUGGUUAAGGAGAAGGUGGAACAGCAGUCCAGUAGUCAUUGCUGGAGCAGAAGAUGAGGAGUAUUGGUUGACUAUAGAUGAUGUUGGUUCAAGUUUGGUUUUCAUGUACACACCAGUCACUGAAGAAGGUGCCAAAGGGGAACCCCAAUAUAAGUAUACUGAUUUUGUGAAGGCAGCUCCUCCUUCAGUCAGUAAUGUCCGUAUCACUGGAGAUACCGUUGAAGGAAAUAUUAUCAAGGGAGUUGGGGAAUACUUUGGUGGAAGAGAGGGUCCCAGCAAGUUUGAAUGGUUACGUGAGAAUAAGGACUCUGGAGAAUAUGUACUGGUAUCAACUGGUACAGCUGAGUAUACUUUGGUCAAAGAAGAUGUUGGGAGACAAUUGGCUUUUGUGUAUAUACCUAUUAAUUUGGAGGGGCAGGAAGGGGAAUCUGUUUCAACGAUAUCUCAGACAGUGAAGCAAGCCCCUCCAAAAGUUACAAAUGUUAAGAUAAUUGGUGAUCUAAGGGAGAAUAGUAAGAUUACUGUAACUGGUAUUGUCACUGGAGGAACUGAUGGUUCAAGCAGAGUGCAGUGGUUCAAGACAAGUUCUUCAAUAACGGAUGGUGAGAAUGGUCUUGAAGCAUUGAGCACAUCCAAGAUUGCCAAGGCAUUUCGCAUACCUUUGGGAGCUGUUGGCUUUUACAUUGUUGCAAAGUAUACUCCUAUGACUCCUGAUGGCGAAUCUGGUGAACCGGCUUAUGUUAUGUCAGAAAGAGCUGUUGAAACUCUCCCACCAAGCUUAAAUUUCUUAUCUAUUACGGGUGAUUAUGCUGAAGGUGGAAUACUGACAGCAUCAUAUGGCUACAUAGGUGGCCAUGAAGGCAAAAGUAUAUACAACUGGUACCUGCAUGAGGUUGAAACUGACACUGGUACUUUGAUACCUGAGGUUUCUGGACUUCUUCAGUAUCGUGUUGGUAAAGAUGCAAUUGGUAAAUUCAUUUCCUUCCAAUGUACUCCAGUGCGUGAUGAUGGAAUUGUAGGAGAACCAAGAACUUGCAUGGGGCAGGAACGUGUUCGUCCUGGGAGCCCAAGAUUGCUCUCUCUACAAAUAGUUGGAAUGGCAGUUGAAGGGACUAUAGUGAGUGUGGACAAAAAAUAUUGGGGUGGUGAAGAGGGUAAUUCAGUUUUUCGCUGGUUCCGGACUUCUUCAGAUGGCACACAAUCUGAAAUUAGGGGUGCCACUUCUGCAUCAUACAUUCUCUCAGUGGAGGACAUCGGCUUCUUUGUUUCUGUUUCAUGUGAACCUGUCAGAAGCGACUGGGCUCGGGGCCCUAUUGUUCUUUCUGAACAAAUUGGACCUAUCAUACCUGGCCCCCCAACUUGCCAGUCCUUGGAGUUUCUUGGGUCAAUGAUUGAAGGACAACGGUUGAGCUUUGUUGCUUCUUAUAGUGGAGGGGAAAGAGGAUAUUGCUUCUAUGAGUGGUUUAGAGUGAAAAGUAAUGGUGUCAAGGAGAGACUAACUACUGAGGAGUUCCUGGAUUUGACUUUUGAUGAUGUGGGGAGAAGGAUUGAACUUGUUUACUCUCCUGUGCGAAAAGACGGAAUCAAAGGGAGUCCUAAAACAAUUGUUUCUGAUGUGAUUGCUCCUGGGGACCCAGUGGGAUUGGACCUUGUUAUUCCUGAUUGCUGUGAGGAUAAGGAGGUAGUUCCGCAUAAGAAGUAUUUUGGUGGACAGGAAGGUGUUGGAGAAUAUAUAUGGUACAGAUCAAAGAAUAAGCUUCAUGAAUCUGAGUUGAUGGAUAUUUCUGAAGCUUUGAGUGAUGUUCAUUUAUGUGGCAAAACAUUAACGUAUACUCCGUCACUUGAAGAUGUGGGGGCUUAUUUGGCCUUGUAUUGGCUGCCCACUCGUGAAGAUGGCAGAUCUGGAAAUCCAUUAGUUGCAAUAUCUGACUCUCCAGUUACCCCAGCUCUUCCAAUAGUUUCCAAUGUUCGUGUGAAGGAGCUAUCUUCGGGUUUAUAUACUGGAGAGGGUGAAUAUUUUGGUGGAUAUGAGGGGUCAAGCCUCUUUAGCUGGUACAGAGAAAGUAAUGAAGGGACUAUUUGUCUCAUUAAUGGGGCUAGCUCUAGAACUUAUGAAGUCGCAGAUUCAGAUUAUAAUUAUCGUUUAUUGUUCGGGUACACACCAGUCCGUUCAGAUUCAGUUGUGGGAGAACUCAAAUUGUCUGAGCCCACUGACAUCAUUCUCCCUGAGCUUCCAAGGGUGGAGAUGCUUGCCCUCACUGGAAAGGCAAUAGAAGGUGAUGUACUCACUGCUGUUGAAGUUAUCCCGAAGAGUGAAAUUCAACAAUGUGUGUGGAGCAAGUACAAGAAAGAUGUCAGAUAUCAGUGGUUUUGUUCAUCAGAAGGGGAUGAUAAGUCUUUUGAACCUUUACCUACACAGCGUUCCUGUUCUUACAAAGUUCGGCUGGAGGAUGUUGGUCGUUGCCUUAAAUGUGAAUGCAUUGUGACUGAUGUUUUUGGAAGGUCAAGUGAGCUAGCAUAUGCUGAGACUACUCCUGUAUUGCCAGGAAUUCCUAGAAUAGACAAACUGGAGAUUGAGGGGAGGGGUUUCCACACCAACUUAUAUGCUGUUCGUGGAAUUUAUAGUGGGGGAAAGGAAGGGAAAAGUAGAAUUCAGUGGCUCAGAGCAAUGGUUGGAAGUCCUGAUCUUAUCUCCAUACAAGGAGAGACCGGGAGGAUGUAUGAAGCUUAUGCUGAUGAUGUGGGUUACAGGCUGGUGGCUAUCUAUACUCCUGUAAGAGAGGAUGGAGUUGAGGGGCAACCUGUUUCAGCAUCCACGGACCCAAUUGCAGUUGAACCUGAUGUACUUAAAGAAGUGAAGCAAAAGGUUGAUCUUGGAGCCGUGAAGUUUGAGGUAUUAUGCGACAAGGACCGGACUCCCAAAAAGGUUCUUGGAGAGGGUAGUCUUGAGAGAAGAAUUCUAGAAAUUAAUAAAAAAAGAGUAAAGGUUGUAAAGCCAGGUUCCAAGACUUCAUUUCCAACUACUGAAAUCCGUGGAAGUUAUGCUCCUCCUUUUCAUGUGGAGCUAUUCCGGAAUGACCAACGCCGGCUCAGGAUUGUAGUGGAUAGUGAAAAUGAAGUGGACUUGAUGGUUCAUUCCAGGCAUCUUCGAGACGUUAUUGUUCUGACUGUGCGAGGCCUUGCUCAGCGGUUCAAUAGUACAUCCCUCAAUUCUCUCCUAAAAAUAGAAACAUAAUUAAUCUUAAGAGAUGCAGAACUGAAUGCAUAUCAAACGUAUAAUCUAUUGUGCUUUAGGUUUUGAGGCAUGCCCAUUCUUCUCUCAUUUUAUUUCUGGCUUGUCAAUGCUGGUUUUCUUCCCAUGUUUGUGUAUUAUAUUUUCUCGGGUAAGAAAUGUUUGUGUUGUGCAGCAGUCAAAGGGUUUGAGUUUAUUCACAAUUGUGUACAUUAUUACAUUAAUGAUAAUAUUCAGCUUGGUUG